CGAUGUUCAAAGUUUCAUAUUUGUGGAUACUGAUGAUGGCUGCUUCACCUUCAUUGUCAUUGGAAGCAAAUGGUGAUGCUACAAAAUAUACCGCAAUGUACGUAUUUGGAGAUUCACUAACGGAUGCAGGAAACAACAAGUAUUUCAUCGACACUUUAGCAAAAGCCGACCACCUUCCUUAUGGUAUAGAUUUUAGUGGAGGGCCUACAGGAAGAUUCUCCAAUGGCAAAAACGUUGUAGACUUCAUUGGGGAGAUGGUGGGACUUCCUCUUCUUCCAUCAUAUGCAGAUGUUGUUGCAAAAGGAGAGAGCAUUCUAUUUGGAGUAAAUUAUGCCUCAGCUGCUGCAGGAAUUCUUCGCGACACAGGAUAUCGAUUUGGGCACGUCAUCCCUUUCGAAGAACAGAUUAACAACCUGAGGAAAACGUUGGGUCAGCUGAGAGGGCAACUGCAUGGGAAUGAAGUGAGCAAGUAUUUGGCAAAUGCAUUGGUUUUUGUGGAUCUUGGAGCAAAUGACUACCUCAACAACUACUUGCAAGCUCAAUACUACCCAAGCAGCCACAUCUACAAUCUUGAGCAGUUUGCUGAUCUCCUUAUAACCCUCUAUAGAAAUCACAUAUUGGAAAUCCAAGGUUUAGGGCUGAGGAAGUUCUUGAUAGUAGAGGCCUCACCUAUAGGUUGCUGCCCUAUAACAAUUCACAACAUGAAGUGUAACGCCACAAUAAGCCACAUGGUAAACAUGUUUAAUACGCGGCUGAAAUCUGUUGUGCAUGACCUCAGGUCGAACUACCCUGGAUCUGCAUUCACUUACGUCCCAACGUCUCAACUGUUUCAAAGCUUGUUCGACAACGCUGAGGCCUACGGGUUCAAGGUGAAGGACAAAGCUUGUUGUGGGGGCAGUGCUGGUUCAAAUGGAACAAAGCCUAUGUGUUUUAAAAAUACAGUACCAUGUCGGAAUAGAAAUGAGUACUUGUUCUGGGAUGGUGCUCAUCCUACUGAGGCUGGCAACCGAAUUGUUGCUGCCCUCUUUCACAACACUACCUCCUUUUAAAAAAUUGAGUGGUCGAUCGAAAUAAAAUGUUACUACUACAAAAUAAGGCUCAAAUGAAUGAGGCUGAAAGCUAUUAUUACAAGGUUUUUGUGUUGAAUAUUGUUUAUUGGUUUAGUUAUGUUCUUGUUACCAAGUUGGAGUUGGGAAUGAAUGCGUUGGGUCCAUCGCACGUGUUUAUGUUGAUGUAGUGCAUACUUGUUAUGAACAUUAGAACAUAACAACAUUGAACUCCAAUUUAUAAAUUUUUUUUGUCUUAGUUUA